CGUCGACAACCAAUCACAGCGCCCUGUCUAGCGUGGUUUCAGAAGCAUGUCGACCAAUAGCGUUGGGUUUUGACCGAGUGCGAAAUUUGUAUUUGUGGUCAGCGAGGCUGUGGUAAAGUAACGCAGAUAACCAGCCAAGAUGAUGGACGCAAUGUCAGUAGUGACCCAGCUGAGGGAUCUGGCGUCUGAGCCUCAGAAUCGGGAGGCUAUAGCGAAAGACGAGGGCUGUUUACCUGGUCUUGUGUUGUUCCUAGACCACAAAGACCCUCAAGUAGUGUUUGCUACUCUGCAGACCCUGAGGUACCUGGCCGAAUCGUCUCAAAACAUCAACUCCAUGAAGAACGAGCUAGGCAUGAUGGUGAGCCUGGAGACUCUGAUGGAAAAAAGUGAACUGAGUACAGAUAUCACAGAGCUUGCUAAAGAGGUGUAUGAAGUAUUGAGCGCUCCGGAGAGGCCAGAAACUCUCAGGACUCCUGUGCAACCCAUGAGGAGAAAUAAACCCCAGUUCUUCAUCAACAGUUCUAAUAAAAAAGCCAAAACGAUUACGCUUCAUAUACAGGGUUUGGAAGGGACAGAUAAACGAGGUGUGUGUGAAGAGGCUCUUCUCAAGGUUAAAGGAGUCAUCAGCUUCACUUUCCAGAUGGCGAUGAAGAGAUGCACCGUGCGUGUGCGUGCAGACGUACCAACUGAGAGUCUGGCCUCUGCCAUUGCUGCCACUAAAGUGCUUUCAGCUCAGCAGGUGGUGAAGAAUGAAAGUGGAGAGGAGGUUCUCGUCCCUCUCAGCACUACAGACACACACAUAGAGGAAAAUCACCACCUGCCAGAUUAUCUACCAGAAGAUGAGAGUCCUGAGAAGGAGAUCGACCGUGCCGUGUCCCGCACUGCUGCCAAACAGGAUGCCAGUGGAAGCUGGUUAAGCUCAGCAGCCAGUUUUCUUACCAAAACUUUCUACUGGUGAAGCUUUGGGCUGUAACCUAUGUACAUAGCUGUUCCACACAGAGACUUUUAUAAUGCAAGUUGCCGAGUGAACAAGAUCUCGGAUCUACUCGCCCACCUUCAUGAACACACAAAGUGGUAUUAUAAUAUCCAGGGCUACAAGCUUGUCUGGAUUAAACUUUUCACACUUUUAUAUGUAACUUUUCAGAAACUAUUCUGUUGUUUCUGUUUUUAUUUUCUGUAUGUUAUUUUUGUUUGACUGUUACCUUGUCCUGUUGUGUAAAUAAUGUCUGUGGUCUUAUUUUAAAGUUUGUACUGUCUUGUUUCUGGAAAAAUAAUUAGUCCAGUAAUAAAAUAAUACAUUGAAUGUGCAAUUAAAAAA